AUGGCUUCAUCGCCACCUCCUCAGUCGCCGCCACGACUCCAGCGGGCUAUGACCGAGCACCCUUCGCCCGGCCGCGAAGGCUCAGCGGCCCGUCUAGCCUCUCACGCCUCUAUCGAAGACAUCAUGGGCCACGAAGGGCCUUUAUCACAGCGGCUGCCCGACGGCUCAGACGCGCAGGCCUCUUCGGCUGCCCUCCGCCGCGAUCCUUUUGCCGCCACGACCAGCGGCCCUCGCUCUCGCGCACGAUCAAUCUCUUCCAACGGCGUGUCGCUCAUCGCAGUCCCCUCGAGCCUCGGCGUGACGCCCCUCUCGCCCGUUGUGGAUGACUUUCUCCAUCACCCUUUUCGUGGCCCUGGCACCCCCGACUUCACCCUCACUACGGGCAAGCGCAAUGACCAUGACCGAUCCAGGACAAUGGCAAGCCUUGGCCAGGGGCUCGAGGUCCUCAGCAAUGUCGAGCGCUCCGGCUUCGGCGGCGCCUACCAGGAUGACUCCAACGCGGCGAGCGGAUCUCGGCCACGUUCUCCGAGUGAUGCCUCAGAUGCUCAGUCGGACGACUCGACGGACAAGAAGAGGGCCAUGCCAAGGAACCAGUUCCUGCAACGGCCAAAACUCGCUGGCCUGCGCUCGUUCAUCUCGUCGUUCACCAGCGGCGCAAACCAGGAUGGAAGCCCGGCACAAACGCCACAGGACGAGAUGCCCGCGGCCAAGCCCACAUUUCCAGCUUGGCAGGCAAAGGUCCGCCCGGCACAGCCUCAGCCCCUGGUCAUGCCUGCAGCACGGCCGGCGGGUCCAGAUGGCCUCCGCGGCUUCAAUGCCGACAGCCCUCCGCUGACUCCGACGAGCGAUCUGGACGAGGCACCCAAUUACGAGCAAUCUGGCAAGCUGCCGUCGAUCGUGACACCUCGACAGGCGCGGCAUCACGGCGCUUCCAGGCAUCCCUGGAGCGCCGCGCAGGCCAGCUUUGAUAGCGGCAGGCCGACCACCACGACGCCGCCGUAUCCCAACCAGGCACCCUUCACGCCGCCGUUGACGACCUCGUCGGGCCGAUCCUCGCCAAUAGCGUCUUCACGUCCCUUUUCGCCCCCGACACGGCCCGAGUCGACGCUCAACAUGCAGGGAGUCCUGCCUUCGCAUCUCAUGUCGGGCUUCUCGAGCCGGCCGCCGACGCCGACGUCGACCCAUACGACCUCGUCCGAGCGCUCCUUUGGGCGUAUCGGCGCUGCCAAGUGGGACAGCGACAGCUUCCGGAUCGACAGCCUCGGGCGUACCCUGGCCGCUCUCCUGCCGAGGAUCCAGAUCAACAUGAGCUCGUGGCGGAUCUCGCUGCCGCCGAUCCGGCCAUACCUGCCUCGCCUGGCCUUCCUGGCCGUCAUCUUUGUCGCCGCCACGAGCUGCAUCGCGUUUAUGAUCUCGACGCUGCCCCUCACGCUGCCCAAGCACAUCACCAGCCUGACGCUGGCCGAGAUUCGCGACAUUGCCUUCAGCCUGAAGCGGUACUCGGAGAGCAGCGCCAAGGCGCACACGCACACCCUGCUCGUCAUCUCGGCCCUCUUUACGUGGAAGCAGUCGUUUACGAUCCCCGGCAGCCUCAUCAUGAACGUCGUCUACGGCGCCAUGUACGGCACCUACAUGGGCACCGUCUACACCUCGAUCUUCACUGCGGUCGGCGGAGUCUUUUGCUAUCUCCUCUCGGCACCGCUGGCGCCGCUCAUCACCUCGCUUCCCGGGCUCGCCAAGCCGCUGGACGCGAUGCGCAGGGCCCUUUCUCCCGGGCGGGCGCACGCAUCGGGGCGCAGCGUCAUGAUCUCAAACUCGCGCGGCAGCGCCGACGGCGCCGUCUGGUCGUACCUGCUGGUGCUGCGCGUGCUGCCCAUCAUCCCGUACGGGCUGAUGAACAUCGCCUGCGGCGUCCUCGGCGUCCCGCUGCUGCCUUACGGCGUCACGCUCGCCGUCGGCUCGAUCCCGUGGAACUUUGUCACCUGCCAGGUGGGUGACCUGCUCCAGGAGAUUGUCGAGGCGCUGCCCGUCGACGACGGUUCAGGGCUCAAGAGCGGCGGCGGCGGCGGCAUGAAGGCGAUUGCGAGCCACAUCUGGAACCGGGACAUGGUCAUCAAGCUGCUGCUGCUCAGCAUCGCCAGCCUGAUCCCGAUGGCGCUCAGCCGAUACCUCAAGCACCGGCAGAGGCAAGAGGCCGCCGAAAACGAGGGUUACGAGCCGCUAUCGACGGCCGAGGAAGACGAGCUGGCGUCGCGCCGCUCGGACGAGGAGAACGACCACUCAGGAUCCAGGAGGUCGUCACGCAUCAUGGCCAUGCAGCAGCGCUCGCCCACCACAUCGGCGACAGCCAUGCCGGCCUCGUCGAGCGGCGCCGACUGGUACUCGACUGGCAACCACCUCACUGUCGAGCGGGCCGGGCACGCGAGGGAGGGCACCGACGCCUCGACUGCCGCCAAGAGUAUGUGGCUCUGA